UGUGGAUCGCCUCUCCUCCAGCCCUCCCCAAAGGACCCCGGGCCCACUCUCAUCAUGCUCAGCCCUGCCAGCCUGGACCCCCUGCAUCACAUCUGUGUCCUGUGCUUCGUAAACGUCUUGUCCCUCGGAUGGAUGGACCCCGCAUACCCCUUUGCAGCCGCCUGUGGGGGCAAACUGGAGCAGCACACAGAGAGGAGAGGGGUCAUUUACAGCCCUGCGUGGCCCCUAAACUACCCAUCCACCAUGAACUGCAGCUGGUAUAUACAAGGGGACCACGGGGACAUCAUCACCAUUAGUUUUAAGAACUUUGACCUGGAAGAUUCCCCUAAGUGUUCGGUUGACUGGCUGCUGAUCGGUCCGUCUUCCAGAAGAGAAGAGUACAAAGUCUGCGGCUCGAACACCCCUCCGGCUUUCAUUUCCGCACGGGACCACGUCUGGAUAUUCUUCCAUUCUGAUGCAUCUAGUUCGGGGCAGUCUCAGGGAUUUCGUCUGUCCUAUAUCAGAGGAAAAAUGGGCCAGACGUCCUGCCCAGCAGAUGAAUUCCUUUGUCGGAACGGCAAGUGCAUCCCCGGGAACUGGAAGUGCAAUUAUCUAGAUGAAUGCGGAGACAAUUCAGACGAGAGGAACUGCUCUUCCCCCUUCCCAGAGACGCGCGCAAGUUUAUGUCCCGCCGGUACGUUCCCAUGUAAUGGCGAUCACUCUACGCAAUGUUUGUCCAAUGAGCUGCGCUGUAACGCCAUCAAAGACUGCCUUGACGGGUCCGACGAAGAAAACUGCCCCGAUCUGUCAUGCGGGGGGAAACUUGGCAAUUUUUACGGCUCCUUCGCGUCACCCGAUUUCUUCCGUUGGGAGCGCGGCCGGUCGGAGCUCCAGUGCACUUGGUACGUUGACACUCAGGAUAAUCGGCACGUCAUCCUGCAAAUGGACCUGCAGCUGGGCUACAGCGACUUUGUGAGAGUCUACGAGGGCAUCGGAGAGCGGAGCGACAGGCUCCUGCAGACGCUAACAGUUCGUAACAACAGACACACGGUCGGCGUCGAGUCGGUGAACGGCCAGCUCACCUUGUCCUACCGCGCGCGGUCAAAGAUCGCCGGACAUGGCUUCAACGCCACCUACCAGGUCAAGGGCUUUUGCCUCCCCUGGGAACACGCCUGUGGGAACGAAGAGGCUUGUUUUUCGGACAACCAGCGCUGCGAUGGUUGGUGGCACUGCCCCAACGGCAGGGACGAGGAGAACUGCCCGCUGUGCCAGGCUAACGAGUACCCGUGCGAGGGGGGUAGCGGCCUCUGCUACUCGUCGCUGGAUCGGUGCAACAACCAAAAAAACUGUCCGGAUGGUUCCGACGAGAAGAACUGCUAUUCGUGCCAGCCGGGGAACUUUCACUGCGCCACCAACCUGUGCAUCUUUGAGACCUGGCGCUGCGACGGCCAAGAGGACUGCCAGGACGGGAGCGACGAGCAGGACUGCCUGGUGAUCGUCCCUAGGAAAGUUAUCACGGCGGCCCUGAUCGGGAGCCUGGUUUGCGGGCUGCUCUUAGUCAUAGCCCUGGGCUGCGCCUUCAAACUCUACUCGCUGCGGAGCAGAGAGUACAGGGCGUUUGAAACACAGAUGACGCGGCUGGAGGCAGAGUUUGUGAGACGCGAAGCGCCGCCGUCCUACGGGCAGCUGAUCGCGCAGGGCCUGAUUCCCCCCGUUGAGGACUUUCCGGCGUUCAAUGAUUCUCAAGUUUCCAUGCUCCAGAAUAUUCGUACCGCUAUGAGAAGACAAAUGAGACGCCACUCUUCGAGGAGAACCUCUUCCAGGAGACGCUUGGGUCGCCUUUGGAACCGACUGUUUCAUCGACCACGUGCGAGAGGACACAUCCCGCUGCUGACCCAAUCACUUGUCUCCCAAGCACGAUUUAGCGAGACCGACCUCAGCGCCAAUGAGGAAAACUGGCAGAGCCCAUCAACGCCCCCAGAAAGAUACGACACGCAAACGCAAACCAACAGCCUGGAGACAGGAAGCCCCGACUUGGCCACCGACGAUUUGCACCUUGGACCCAGUGCUGUCGAUCAGCUGCCUUUACAGGUUUUACAGACAAAUACACAAACGCUGACAGAAGAGGUCGACUCCACAGAGCGUUGUGAUAGCUCUUUUAAUCCAGCCAUGUUGGAGGGCAGGGGUGCAACGUGUGGAGCAUCUUCUGAUGCAGAACCUCCGGGAACGUUAUGUUUGGUGCCUCUAUCACAAAGAACUACUUUAGGGGCCAGCAAUAUGACUCAUAGCCAUCAACGGGUAAAAGAACCCCCUCGAUUACCAUUCAGGAAGCGGAACUCUGAUCACGUAGACAGCUCAACGAAUGUCCCAAGUCGGUUGAACCAGCAGACAUGCCAUUGCGUAGCUGCCUGCCAAGAAGAACCCCUUGGUGUCCAUGUCACCUGUCACCAUUCAACGGAAGCGCCGACCCCACAGCCAUCCCACCCCUUAUCGGACACUAGUGACGACGAAUACUUACUGGUUUGCUGAUGAAACCUGUGGUUCUUACCCUAGAUUUUUGUAAUUUUGGAAACCGACCGUAAUAUGGGACGCGGCAUUUAUUUUUAUACAAUAACCUUUCUCCAUUUAAAAAUCUCAGCCCCAAGAC